CUCGGUUAUCGUCGCGCAAGAUAAUUUAAAACAAUAAUAUUUGAGUUCCUCGGAGAUACGGGCUCAUCAGGAAAACAUAAAUCUAGAACACCAUGAUUCCGACUACGUUCGCGAGUCCUAAUAUAGAGGACUGGGACUACAAGGAGCCGAUAUUCGCCGGUCCUGGGCCCUGCAACUACUCUCCUGCCGUGUUGGAAGCGCUGAAGAAACCGUGCAUAUCUCCACUGUGUGACGAGUACGUUAAUAUUCUAGAAGACAUCCGAACCGGUCUCCAAUACCUGUUCCAAACUCGGAGUAAGCUGGUGCUGGCCAUCAGCGGUGCUGGCCAUGCUGGCAUGGAGGCACUGAUAUGCAACCUGGUUGCCCCGGGAGAAACCCUGGUUAUGGCCGUGAGAGGAGAGUGGGAUCAGAGGGCUGUGGGGAUAGCUAAGAGACAUCGCGUCAAUGUUGUUGAGCACCGCAUUCCAUGCACCGAUGUUUUCACUUUUGAGGAGUUGGAGGGAGUGUUAAAGAAGCAUCGACCACGAGCUCUGUACCUGACUCACGGUGAUUCCUCGACUGGUACCAUCCAAAAACUGGAUGGAUUGGGAGAUAUUUGCCACAAAUAUGGAACGCUUCUGCUGAUCGAUGCCAUCGUGUCUGCCGGUGGUUCGCCGCUGCUGAUGGACGCUUGGGGAGUGGAUGGGGUGGUGACGGCCACGCAGAAAAGCCUCAGUGGUCCAGCUGGCACUGCGCCUGUAGCGUUCAGUGAACGUGCCGAAGAAGUCAUCAAUCAAAGGAAACACGAGCCGCCAUUUUAUUUGGACGUCAAAAUUCUCGCGCAACAAUGGAACUGCUACGGAAACACACGGGGGUACCACCACACAAUGAAUCCAGUAUCAUUAUGGACUCUUAGGGCCUCUCUCAAGGACAUUUGCGAGCAGACCCUUCCCAAGAUUUGGGAACGCCUUAUAAAGGUCAAGGAACACUUCCACAAGCGUCUCCCGGAGCUGGGCUUCGGCUUCCUCAUCCCCAACCCAAAGGACCGGUUCAUCAAUGUCACCACUGUUGUCCUACCGAAUGGCAUUGACCCUGAUGCCUUUGUAAGAUACAUGCUGAAAAAGCACAACAUCUUCAUAUUCCCUGGUCGUGGGCCCACAGUGGGGAAAUGUGUUCGUGUCGGCAACAUGGGAGUCCACUCCAGUAUAGAGAAGGCAGACGCUAUCCUCGCUGCGAUGGUAGACACUAAGAAUUUGUUGUCACCGAAAAAAACGGGAAACUAGAAAAAAAUUAUAGCCAAUAAUGUAGUGUGUGGUGGUUAUUACAUAGCAUGUAAUUAGGAAAAGUGCACAUUGUAUAAAAUAUA